UGGUUUCUUGCACCAAUGGACGAGCACUGGCCUUUCUACCGAAGGCAGUACUCCUUGGGUGUUCUCCCGAUGAUCUUCUCCCAAGCUGAUUCCGGUGUUUGGCUGGCAUGGAGAAAAGCUGCUGUUUCUUGUACAAUCCUUUUGAUACUCUUACGUCUCUUGGAACAUCCCAGGCAGCGCGGUUCAUCACAGGAGGAAAAGAAGAGCAAGCCACUUGGGAAGAUGAAUGCCAGCAGUUACUCCACGGCCAUGACGGAGCCCAAGUCCGUGUGCGUGUCGGUGGAUGAGGUGGUCUCUGGCAACAUGGAACCCUCCGAGACUGACCUGCUGAACGGACAUCUGAAGAAGGUGGACAACACGCUCACGGAGGCCCAGCGCUUUUCGUCCCUGCCACGCAGGGCGGCCGUGAACAUCGAAUUCAAGGACCUCUCCUACUCGGUCCCCGAAGGGCCCUGGUGGAGGAAGAAAGGUUACAAGACCCUCCUGAAAGGGAUUUCUGGGAAGUUCAACAGCGGGGAGCUGGUGGCCAUCAUGGGGCCAUCCGGGGCCGGGAAGUCCACGCUCAUGAACAUUCUGGCUGGAUACAGGGAGACGGGAAUGAAGGGGGCCGUCCUCAUCAACGGGCUGCCCCGGGACCUGCGCUGCUUCCGGAAGGUGUCCUGUUACAUCAUGCAGGACGACAUGCUGCUGCCGCACCUCACGGUGCAGGAGGCCAUGAUGGUGUCCGCCCACCUGAAGCUCCAGGAGAAGGACGAAGGCCGGAGGGAGAUGGUCAAGGAGAUCCUGACAGCUCUGGGCUUGUUGUCUUGUGCCAACACACGGACUGGAAGCCUCUCUGGCGGCCAGCGGAAGCGCCUGGCCAUUGCCCUGGAGCUGGUGAACAAUCCUCCCGUCAUGUUCUUCGAUGAGCCCACCAGUGGCCUGGACAGCGCCUCCUGCUUCCAGGUGGUCUCCCUGAUGAAAGGGCUGGCGCAAGGAGGGCGGUCCAUCAUCUGUACCAUCCACCAGCCCAGCGCCAAGCUCUUUGAACUCUUCGACCAGCUUUACGUCCUCAGUCAAGGACAAUGUGUGUACCGGGGAAAAGUCUCAAAUCUCGUACCAUACUUGAGGGAUUUAGGUCUGAACUGCCCAACCUAUCACAACCCAGCUGACUUUGUCAUGGAGGUCGCAUCCGGCGAAUACGGCGAUCAGAACGGCCGCCUGGUGAGAGCCGUCCGGGAGGGCAUGUGUGACUCUGACCACAGGAGAGAGCCUGGGGGGGAUGCCGAGGUGAACCCUUUUCUUUGGCACCGGCCCUCUGAAGAGGUAAAGCAGGCAAAACGAUUGAAGGGGUGGAGAAAGGAUUCCACCUCCAUGGAGGGAUGCCACAGCUUCUCGGCCAGCUGCCUCACCCAGUUCUGCAUCCUCUUCAAGCGGACCUUCCUCAGUAUCAUGAGGGAUUCGGUCCUGACGCACCUGCGAAUCACGUCUCACAUUGGAAUCGGGCUCCUCAUCGGCCUGCUGUACCUGGGGAUUGGGAACGAAGCCAAGAAGGUCCUGAGUAACUCCGGCUUCCUCUUCUUCUCCAUGCUGUUCCUCAUGUUUGCGGCCCUCAUGCCCACCGUUCUCACGUGUGAGUGCCUGACCCUAUACCCACCCACCAAUGGGGGACCGAGGUCAUGGCUCGCCCGAUAGACGAGUAUUGUGACACAGAACAUCUUGGUUUUUCGAAAUAUCACUUUUUUUGUUGACAGGGACUAU